UGAUACUGCCACAAAUUCAUGUUGAUUAAAAAUAAAUAAACAAGUUUAGAUAUUUAAUGCGUUUUUAACGUAAUUCAUGUCCUACACACCCCUCCAAUUGCCACAAUCACUUUCUGUCGGGCGCAUUUUGUCUGCUGUGCAGCGCCUCCCCAACUGGUUGUUGGUCACUUUGACAAAUUCCUGGACGUGAGCAGAUGAGCUUAAGCGACUCUUGAUUGUAACGGUAACGCAGUGAAUAUUUCACAAGUUGAUCAAUCUACUACCACCGUCAAACGUAUUUUUAUUUUUAACAUAUUUGGCAACAGUGAGUUGAAAACCAUGGGCGUCUCGGGGUCAGUUUGGUGUUGGGCUCUUUUGACUUGCAUUUUAAUCUCUUUUUACAAUAUGAUGACGGCAUACGCUGAAAUAAGUUGGCCAACGAGUUCCACGACGACGAACGUUUGGUUUAACCGUAUGGAUAAAUUGCCUUUGGAGCUGCGCGCAAACCUAAGAUCCGCAUGGGUUAAAGUCCCAAAGUAUAUCGACAAGGAAUCCACAUUUUCCAGAGCUUUUAGAAUGGAACCAAUUGAUGGAAAGGCCGUAGUUCCAAAAGGUGAGGAGAAAUUGCCAAAGGACUUGGACGGAGUUAUUGGGAAAGUGCCACCAGACGCUGUAUCUACUGUCAGAGAUAAAAAGGCGCCAAACUGUUCCAAGCAUUUUACUGCUGACAGCAAAAAGUCUGACAGUUCCUUUGAAGUUAAAGACGCUACACUUGCUUCAAGUAAUCGUACGAGGACAAAGCGAAGCACAUCAUUUGGCGAAUAUUCGGACAGGAGUCAAAUUGGAGGUCCUGGUGACGCAUUUUCAGCCGAGAAGCUUGUGGAGCCUUUACAAGGCGUUUACAGUCCGAGGACAGAAUACCGACGAACUGGGGAGGACGCAAGAACUAGCCCGAGGCAAAGUGAGCCGCUUCUGGUUACCUCCACUUUCCCUCUGUCCGGAGACUCUGCGCACAACCAGGCAAUGGGGCACUGGGUUGGAGAAAACAGCAGCGUGAUCCUGACCUUGACGAAGCAGUAUGACUUUAACUUGGGUGCUUUCACUGAGAGUUCUCUGUGGAGAUCAGUGGACUAUGGGAGCACUUAUAUUAAACUGAAUAAAAAGGUUGGGUCAACCUUGGCUUGCCUAUACGUCUGCCCAACCAACAAGAGAAAGAUAAUGAUGCUUAGCGACCCAGAGCUGGAGCAAAGUGUACUCAUCAGCUCGGAUGAAGGUGCCAGCUUCGAGAAGUAUCCCAUUAACUUCUACAUGGACGGUCUGCUGUUUCAUCCAACUCAGGAAAACUGGCUGCUGGCUAGCAGUCCUGACAACAAGGUGUACAGCACAAUGGAUUUUGGAAGAAAAUGGCAGUUGGUUAGUGAGAAUGUAACUCCUGGCCGGUUCUUCUGGGCACAAACUGGGCUAGACAGAGAGGCAGAUGUGGUCCACAUGGAGACCCACAUCGCCAAAGGACGUGCUCAGUAUGUUAAGUGCAGAGCGCAACGAUGCACAGAAUCAAACAGACAAUACCUGUUCCCGGGAUACAUAGACAAAAAUUCUCUGGUUGUUCAGGACAACUAUGUGUUUGUUCAGGUUACCAAGUCAGGGCAGGCGAGUUACUUUGUGUCCUAUAUGAGGGAAUCAUUUAAACGAAUUCAGCUACCCAAAUACUGUCUUCCUAAGGACAUGCACAUCAUCAGUACAAAUGAGAAGCAGGUGUUUUCUGCUGUACAGGAGUGGAACCAGAAUGACACCUACAGCCUGUAUAUCUCAGACUCUCCAGGGGUCUACUUCACUCUGUCUCUAGAGAACCUCCGGACCAGAAGAGAGCCAGGCGGAAAUUUACUGGUCGACCUGUAUAAGGUAGAAGGAAUAAAUGGCAUAUUUCUAGCCAACAAAUUGGUGGGCCAUGAAGUGAAGACAUCCAUCACCUAUAACAAGGGUCAGACCUGGGCCCUGCUGCAAGCCCCCAACACUGAUGUGGCUGGAAACAGUCUCCACUGCAUCCUGCCAUUUUGUUCUCUGCAUCUGCACCUGGAUACGCCAGUGAACCCUUACCUGCCUGGACGCAUCUUCAGCAUGGACUCAGCACCUGGGAUCAUUGUAGCUACAGGCAACAUUGGUACAGAGCUGUCCUCCACUAACCUUGGAAUGUUUAUAACAUCUGAUGCUGGAAAUAGCUGGAGACAGAUUUUUGAAGAAGAACUCGGUGUUUGGUUUCUUGACAAUGGAGGUGCUUUAGUUGCAGUUUCUUUAGUUGCAACAGUACCCAUCCGGCACGUAUGGGUAAGUCUGGACGAGGGUAAGAAAUGGGAUCGCCACAGUUUCUCUCUGGCUCCUUUGUUUCUGGAUGGAGUUCUCAUGCAGCCAGAGAAUCACAUCAUCACUUUCACUGGACACUUAAGCCGUGUUUCAGAAUGGCAGCUGAUAAAGAUUGACUACAAAGCCAUCUUUAGCAGGAGAUGCAUGGAUGGAGAUUAUCAGACUUGGCACCUACAUAACAAGGGAGAGCCCUGUGUGAUGGGAGAGAAGCAGACCUUUAUGAAACGGAGGCCGGGUAACCGCUGUAUGCUGGCCCAGGACUACUCCCGAGUCAUAUCCUCAGAACCAUGCAUCUGCAGGACAUAUGAUUUUGAAUGUGAUUAUGGGUAUGAACGUCAAGCCGAUGGAAAGUGUACCCCUGCUUUUUGGUUCAACCCAAGCACUGUGCCAAGAAGCUGUAGCACUAGCCAUAACUACCUCAACAGCACAGGGUACAGAAAGGUUUUGUCCAAUAAUUGCAAAGAGGGAGGGAAGGAUGUGUACUCCCCCAGGAAACAGCAUUGUUCCCCCAGGCCUCCCAGAGGCCUCAGACUGACUACCAGCCAGGGAGAGCUCACCGCCACCGUGGGCAGUAAUGUCACCUUCCUGGUGUAUCUGGACGAUGGAAACUCAUUGUGGACUUAUAUCCAGCUAGACUUUGGGGACGGCAUCACGUUCAUGUACAACCUGAGCCGGAGAGGCGAUGGAAUCAAACACAGCUAUAGAGAAGAUGGGAUCUUCAGAGUGACAGCACAUGCAGAGAACAGCCAGGGUUAUGACAUUAGCUCCAUGUUCCUACACAUCACCAGCCCAGUGGAGCGUGUGUAUCUCUCAGCUCCUAUUGUUGCCAUCAGGAAGAAAGAAGCUAACCUAACGGCUGUGGUCUGGCCUGUCCACCACAGAACACUCACCUUCUUCUGGUGGUUUGAAAACAGCUCCGAGCCCUUAAUAACCUUGGAUGGAAGCAUCUCGUACACGUUUUGGAAGGAGGGCAUGAACAGGAUCAUGGUCCAAGUGUCUUCUGGGUGCAACAUACUGCAGGAUACCAAGGUCAUCAUUGUCAAAGAUUUCUUCAAAUCCCUGCUGUUAUCGUUCUCUCCGGCUUUGGACGAGCACAACCCUGACAUCCCGGAGUGGAGAGAGGACGUGGGCCGCGUGGUGAGGACAGCUGUAUCACAGGUUUCUGGAUUUCCAGAGGAACGGCUGUUGGUAUCGUUGUUUCCAGGUGUUCCAACAACAGCAGAACUAUUUAUCCUGCCUGAGACACAGUUGCCUGAACAUGGGAAGCGGAACAAAGAGGACUUAGUGAGUAUAUCAAACCUUGUUAUAAAUGCCCUGAACCAAGGAUUGGUCCAGUUUGAGUUGAAAGCUGACACUCAAAUAAUUGUUUACAUCACACAGCUAACUUUGGCACCUCUGGUUUACUCCAACCCUAUUCACAGUAGCUCAGUCAUGCUGAUGUUGCUAUCGGUGGCAUUUGUUGGUUUAGCUGCGUUCUUCAUCUUCAAGUUGAAAAGGAAAAUCCCUUGGAUCCAUGUCCAGGCUGAGGAGAACCAGGAAAAGGAGCCAGAGAUGAUUGGCACAGUCGGGCAGAACAAUACCAUGUCCAAGAUGAAGCUCAGUGAGUUCCCCACAGAGAAGGAACUCAUGGAGAAAGAACUGAAGAUCAGGAGCAGAGGAGAAUAUGGAAGAAAUGGGGAGAGAGUGAUCACAAGAGAAUUUCCUACUUGUACUAAUGUCUAAGAAAUUAGAUUCUGAGUACUGUAAGUACAGAUUAUGGUGUUUCAAUGUGCCAACUUAAAAAAUCUUUGUUUUCACCAUUUCCUUUGGUCGCUGAGAACUGCUACUAAAUAUGUAUUUCACAAGACUUUAGAAAUCUACUAUAUAGCAGGAGAAUAUAUUAUUUAGUGUAUAUACAUCAUUUCAGUAUUGAAGAAGUGUAAUUUGACAUCUGUGGAUGUUUGGCAUUAGAAAAUGCCAUUGUUGAAAAAAAAAAUUUGUGUUCUUAAGUGCCAGAUUGUAUUGCUAAUUAAUUAUUUAGCUCAACAUGAUUAUCUCACGGAUGUUCUCUUGAUAAUGACAACUGCAUCUAUUGUUCUAUUGCACAGGGGAGGUGGAAUGUAGGUAAUAAGACAAAAGGCACACUAUACUGAACAAAAAUAUAAAUGCAACACGCAACAGUUUCAAAUCAAAUGUUAUUUGUCACAUGCGCCAAAUACAACAAGUGAAAUGCUUACUUACAAGCCCUUAACCAAUAAUGCAGUUCAAUACAUUACAGUACAUAUAAGGAAUUACAGUUCACAUAAGGAGUUACAGUUCAUGUAAGGAAAUCAGUCAAUUGAAAGAAUUCAUUAGGCCCUAAUAUGUGUAUUUCACAUGACUGGGCAGGGGUGCAGCCAUGGGGAGCCAGGCCCAGCCCAUCAGAAUUAGUUUUUCCCCACAAAAGGGCUUUAUUCCAGACACUUCUCAGCACAGGUGAAGAUGCCAGAUGUGGAGGUCCUGUGCUGGCAUGGUUACAGGUGGUCUGCAGUUGUGAGGCCGAUGGACAGACUGACAAAUUCUCUAAACAACGUUGGCGGCAGCUUAUGGUAGAGAAAUUAACAUUAAAUUAUCUGGCAACAGCUCUGGUGGACAUCCCUGCAGUCAGCGUGCCAGUUGCACGCGUCCUUUAAAACGGAGACUGUGGCAUUGUGUUGUGUGAAAAACUGCACAUUUUAAAGUGGCCUUUUAUUGUCCCCAGCACAAGGUGCACCUAUGUAAUAAUCAUGCUGUUUAAUCAGCUUCUUGAUAUGCCACACCUGUCAGGUGGAUGGAUUAUCUCGGCAAAGGAGAAAUGCUCAGUAACAGGAAUAUAAACAAAUUUGUGAACAGAAUGUGAGAGAAAUAAGCUUUUUGUGCUUAUGGAACAUUUCUGGGAUAUUUUAUUUCAGCCCAUGAAACAUGGAACCAACACUUUAUAUGUUGUGUUUAUAUUUUUGUUCAGUGUACAAAUCAGUGUGGCUGCUUGGUAAGCAAUCUCUGGACUACAGUUGAGGCUGUUAGAAUGUGUACAGGUCGAUACAAAACAUGUAGGCCUACAUUUUUUCUUAAACUGACCAUUCAAAAAGCUUGGUACAUUGAACAGAGUUUGUAUUAUUUAUUAGCCUACUGCUCAUCUUACAAUAAUACAAUACUAUUGUUCACCUUUUCUAGCAUGUCAUUAUUCACUUUUUAGCAGUAACAUGUAAGAUAAUACGAAGAAGUAGUGUUGAUCAUGGUGAUUUUAAGAUUAGUCAAAGUAUUAAACUGUUUAUAAAACAUUUGUCUGAUGGUCUUGUUGAACAUGUAGCAAACGUUGCUGUAGCGCAUGAGCUGUACUGUAUUGUUCAUUUUGUUAGCGGAGCUAAUAUUUUAGUUUUUACUUCACAUUUCUUACUGUAAACAAAAUACAAUUUUCAAAUUGUUCAAAAUAAAUGUAUUUUUCUAUGAAA